AAUCCAUUAAACCCUGUGUUGUGCGUAUGAGCAACGUUGCUGAAAUCCCCUUCUCUCAAAAACCUCGGAACAAUGUCUCUGCUUCUCAAAUCCUUCCUUCUCCUCUCCUUUCGCGCCAGACCUCUCUCUGUUUUCCCUUCCGUUAUACUCCCAAAAUCACUUCGCAGUAACCGUCGAAGUCGAACCCUUUCCUCUGUUUCAGCUUCCACUUUUCAAUCGCCUCCUCCUUCCGUUUCCUCCGAAACUCCCAACCCCAUAUCCCCUCUCACCGACUCUCUCCGUUGGGUCUCCCGCACCGCUCUCUGUGGUGGCUUAUCAAAUCAAGAUGUGGGUUCUCGGGUCCGACUUUGCGGGUGGGUAGCUCUCCACCGGGUCCAUGGUGGCCUCACCUUUUUUAAUCUCAGAGACCACACUGGCAUCGUCCAGAUUACGUCGCUUCCGGGUGAGUUUCCUGAUGCUCAUGAUGCUAUUAAAGAUUUGAGGGUUGAGUAUGUUGUUGCUGUCGGUGGUGUUGUCCGGUCUCGGCCCAGUGAGUCUGUUAAUACGAAAAUGAAAACUGGCUCCAUAGAGGUCGCUGCCGAGCAUGUUCAGAUAUUGAAUGCUGUGAGAUCAAAGCUUCCAUUUUUGGUUACUAGCGCGGAUGAUUCAAAUGAUUUUGUUAAGGAAGAAAUCCGUUUAAGAUACCGAUACCUUGAUUUACGUCGACAACAAAUGCAUUUCAACAUGAUGCUGCGUCAUAAAGUGGUGAAACUCAUUCGACGGUACCUAGAGGAUGUACAUAAGUUUGUGGAGAUUGAAACUCCAAUGCUCUCUAGAUCUACUCCAGAAGGUGCUCGGGAUUAUUUGGUUCCCUCAAGAAUCCAGUCAGGAACAUUCUAUGCUUUGCCUCAAAGUCCGCAGCUUUUCAAGCAAAUGUUAAUGGUUUCCGGUUUUGAUAAAUACUAUCAAAUAGCAAGAUGUUUUAGAGAUGAAGAUCUGAGAGCAGACAGACAGCCUGAGUUCACACAACUAGAUAUGGAAUUGGCUUUUACUCCGUUGGAGGACAUGCUUAAACUUAACGAAGACUUAAUUAGAAAGCUCUUUCUAGAGAUUAAUGGCAUCCAAUUACCUAACCCUUUCCCAAGACUAACAUAUGCUGAGGCAAUGGAUCGUUAUGGUUCUGAUCGUCCAGAUAUCAGAUUUGAUCUUGAGUUGAAAAAUGUAUCUAAUGUCUUCAUAGACUCUCCCUUCAGGCUCUUUGCAGAUACAUUAAAAAAUGGGGGAAUUAUCAAAACAUUAUGUGUGCCUUCAUGCGCUAAAAGGUUUUCAAACACAGCUCUUAAGAAAGGUGAUGUUUAUAAUGAGGCAAUCAAGUCUGGAGCAAAGGGUUUACCCUUCCUUAAGGUCUUGGAUGAUGGGGAGAUCGAAGGAAUUCCUGCUCUAGUAUCUAGUUUGUGUCCAGAGAACAGAGAAGAAUUCUUGAGAAAAUGCUCUGCAGGACCAGGUGAUCUGAUCUUGUUUGCAGUUGGUCAUCAUACAUCGGUUAAUAGAACCUUGGAUCGACUUAGGGUAUUCAUGGCCCAUGAACUGGGUUUGGUUGACUAUUAUAAGCAUUCAAUUUUGUGGGUGACUGAUUUCCCAAUGUUCGAGUGGAAUGAUUCAGAGCAAAGAUUUGAGCCCUUGCAUCAUCCAUUUACUGCACCAAACCCUGAAGAUAUGGAAGAUCUUUCUUCUGCACGUGCCCUAGCUUAUGACAUGGUUUACAAUGGAGUCGAGAUUGGUGGAGGAAGUUUAAGAAUUUAUAAACGCGAGGUCCAACAGAAAGUACUGGAAACAAUUGGCAUCUCUCCUGAACAGGCUGAAGAUAAGUUUGGCUAUCUUCUGGAAGCUUUAGACAUGGGUGCUCCUCCACAUGGGGGAAUCGCUUAUGGUUUGGAUCGAUUGGUUAUGUUGUUAGCAGAUGCAAGUUCUAUCAGAGAUGUCAUUGCUUUCCCAAAGACAACCACCGCGCAGUGUGCCCUCACUAGAGCUCCAUCGAAAGUGGACAUCCAACAGUUGAAAGAUCUCUCACUGCAAAUCCGGUAGUUUCCUGUUGAUACGCCUGUCUCUACAACUAGGUUGCCCAUUAGCCAUUUCUAGUAAUCACCAUUGUUUGAUCAUAAUUCAUAAAGCUUUUCUUUCUUGUAUUAUGCCCUUUAAAGUAGACAAAAAAAAAGUUGUAUGCAUGGUUCAAUUUUGACUUGAGACCAUAUAUGUGGAACUUGACCUAAUUCGUUACAUA